AAAGCGUCUAAUUUGACCGCUGGAGAGAGCAGCGAAUGAGCAAAAUGCGAAUGAGAGCGAGAGAGACGUUCACAACUAACAAUAAGUACACGAUGUAAUCUUUUCACCAUGGGAUAUGUACAAAUUUAUCGCAUGGUACUGUGACAGUUUGUAGCAGUUUGUAGUGAGUCAAAAAGCCAGAGAUUAUUGAGAAGAAAAAGAAUAAGAAGAAGAGGCAUUUCGCGUAUUCGAGGCACGAAGGUCACGAAGAUCGCUGGUGACCUGAUUGAGUGGUGAAGUAACAGAUAAAAUGAUGUUCGUGUCAACUUGUGUCACCAAAUGGAAAGCAUUCAAUGAUAGCCAUAGCCGGGCCUGACCUCUGUCAUUAAGCCGGAUUAGCUGGGCUGUAGUUGGACGCCUAUAAACAUAUCUCGUUCACUUACUGCUCGAAUGAGAAUCUAAGCACGUAAGAACCAUGUAAUGUUGUAUAAUAUAUGCAUCUAUCUUUUGUAAUACACACAGAUACCUCUCAAGGUAGUCGCAUCAAAAUUAGCUGAAAUGCAGUGGCCCUCUCUCAGCGUUAUUCUUUCCGAGAUAUUUCUGGCAUAUAUCGUUUACUCGAUAUACACACUAUCGCUGUUAUUCGUAUCGCCAGCUUGCGAGGAUGGCAAGCUGUGCCUUGAGUCAUACCUGAGCGAACGACCGCAGUUGGAUUUGUACAUGUACAGCUCAGUUAAAAGAAAUCCCGUCAACAGAGAUACUGAUCUCGUAUACUCGGCACAAAACUUUGAUUACAAUCAAAUGCAAAUCAUUCCAGUGAUAUUGACUGUACCACAUGAGACACGGCGGAAUGGAACAUUGUUUUUACAUAUAUUUUUAGUGCCUCCCUUUAUAAAACAGGACAGAACAUUUGUCAAUUUGCAAAAAGAUAUAUUUACUUCGUACACUGCGAUUAAAAUGACACAAUAUAUAGUACCUGAAGCAGAAGCAUUCAAGUUAUUAGGCGACCGCAGAGUGGAGACAGCUAAUAGCCAGAUUGUUGUACGUCCAGUCUCGCACAUGAAAAGUCGUGUGACAUUUACAAUAAUGACAGACAACAUUAUGCUUCCUAUAUAUGGCAUACCUGCCGAGCUCGUAAACCAUAUAAAAAUAAUUGGCAAACAGACAUUUUUGCCGAUAGUAAACUGUGAUUUCUUACGAACACGGCAUCGGGACCUUCAGCGGAUUACUCCACAAAAUAAUACGAUGAACGUUGCAGUAGAAUAUUCACCUGUGUCUCUAGGAAAGUUAAGAUUAGUGUUGCACGUACAAGCAACCAUGGAGAAUCUCAAGAAUCUUGGCUUCUCCGACAGAGAUGUCGAUGAGGUAAAGGGCAUCUUUGCAGAUACUAACAUCUACCUACUAGGUGGUACAUUCUUCAUUGCAGCUGUACACUUGUUGUUUGAUUUCCUUGCUAUUAAAAAUGACGUUAGCUUUUGGCGGAAGAAGAGUAAUCUCAUAGGCCUCAGCAAAUGGACUGUGAUCUGGCGUGCAUUUAGUCAAACCGUGAUCUUCCUUUAUCUUUGCGAAGAAGCUUCUUCCUUACUUGUUCUCAUUCCUACUGGUAUUAGUACUAUUAUCGAGCUAUGGAAAUUGAAAAAGAUGUCGAGAGUGGAAUUAAUCAGUAGCGGUAACAUUUUCCCAAGAAUACGAUUUAAAACUGAUAGCAUCGAUGCAGCAGAAAUGAAAACUAGAGAAUUCGAUGCCGAAAGUAUGCGUUAUCUGAAUUACUUAUUAUAUCCAUUAGUUAUCGUUGGUGCAAUAUACUCGUUACUUUAUCAGCCACACAAAAGUUGGUAUUCUUGGAGUAUAAAUUCCUUAGUGAAUGGAGUUUACGCAUUUGGAUUCCUUUUUAUGCUGCCGCAAUUAUUCGUUAAUUAUAAAUUGAAAUCCGUGGCGCAUCUGCCGUGGAAAGCGUUCAUGUACAAAGCAUUUAACACAUUCAUCGAUGACGUGUUUGCUUUCAUUAUAACGAUGCCGACAGCUCACAAAAUAGCAUGUUUCAGAGAUGACGCCGUCUUUCUGAUUUAUCUGUAUCAAAGAUGGUUAUAUCCGGUGGAUAAAUCACGUGUGGAUACUGAUACAAUCACAGAAGAAGCUGUUGAUUCUGGCAACAAUAUGCACAAAAAAACAAAUUAACAAUUUAUAUUGUUUACUGUUAUUGUUUGUCUUCAUUAUCUAGAACUUAAAACUUUCGUAAUAUCAUGUUGAAGUGUUAUUACAUGCUGACAAACAGUAUUUAUAUCAAUAAUGUAAAAAUUUAAUCAAUAUACG